AUGCUUAGGAGUUUUCCCAAAGCACGUAGUCAUAUGGAGAAUAGUUUUAGGUUGGUGGAUGCAUUGUCUGGAGUGUUCAUUGAGGAUGACUUCGUAUUGAUUUCUUUAGAUGCAGUUUCUUUGUUUACAAAUAUUCCGAUUGAACUGGCAAUCGAAAGUGUUCGGAAGAGCGCCAUCGUGCGUGAAGAGGCGGCCCGCAGCGCCGCUAAUUUAUUCGCGCCGCUGCCUUUUAAUCGCCUGCGCGUCCCCGCCGUCGUCGUCGUCCGCGUCCCCGUCGUCAAUGUCGAUAAUUGGAUAACACGCUGCAAAAAAUCGUGCACGACCGCCUUCGUUAUUUUGAUACCAUAUGGAGGGAGAAACAACGCACCGCAAGUGAUAACCGCCGUAAUCUUCGUGAGACCGAAGGAGCAGGUCCAUAAAUUGGGAAAUAGAGAGAGAAGAAGCAUUACAGUCCAUAUGCCUCUCUCGACAGCCACCAUAUACCUAAAAGUUGCGGGUUUUCAAAGCUUCUUGCUAGAGAAGAUUGGAACGGAUGGAAGAUCGGACAAGUGCGAAAUUGGAACGCGCGCACGCGAAACGGGCGAAUGAGUUUCGUUCGAUACGGCAUAAAUAUUCACGGCUGGAUCGGAAACGCGCGACGUCGAAAUUAGAUGACGCAAAUUGCAUUACACCCCGGAUGUCUCGAAACUGUCGUCUUUUCUUCCGAAGUCAGACGAAGAUAACGCCGCACCAGUCAAGAAGAAUGACGU